AUGGCUGCGGGGGUUUGCAACGCCUUGGGCGCGGGCACAGUGCUGUACAUAGCUUCGGAAAUAUCCGCGUCGGCGUUCAGCGGCUGCAUGCGGGGAAGGGCUUUGCAGUUUUUGAUUUACUGCAGCGGCGCUGCUUUGGUGUUGGCUUUGACGCUGCUGGACGUGGCCUUUGGAGAAAGUCGCUUUGCUGCUGUCAGCAGCAGCUCCGCCAGCCUGCUGUGCCCACAGCAGCAGCAGCAGCAGCAGCAGCAGCAGCAGCAGCAGCAGCGGCAGCAGCAGCAGCAGGCGCGGGUGCGCCCAGCAGGCGCGCGAGACGGUGGGGUUUCUUUGGGGCUUUUCUUCUGCUAUGCAUGCAUGCAUGCAUGCAUAGACAUUACAUCAGUUUUCGCCAGGCAGCAGCAGCAGCAGCAGCAGCAGCAGCAGCAGCAGCAGCAGCGGCGACCCUUGGCGAAACAGUCAGGUUUUUUUUCUAUGCAGAGACAGGUGGCAGCAGCAGCGGCAGCAGCAGCAGCAGCAGCAGCAAUUGUCGCAGGGAAAGAAGAUUUUGGCCGACGCAGCGCAGCCCAAGAGCAGACGCUGAAGCAGCAGCAACAACAGCAGCAGCAGCAACUGCAUCAGCAGCAGGAACAAGUGCAGCAGCAGCGGCGAAAACAAGUGCAGCAGCAGCAGCAGCACUCCGCGCAGCAGCAGCAGCAGCACUAG